AUGCGGUUUUCCACGGGUCCUUCAGAGCAUUCUUGGCAGCCGGUCGCGACCUCCAAGACGAACGCCGCCGAGUACUGGCUGAAUUGGAGAGUCUUGAUCUGCUCCGUCUGGGUCCUUUCCUCUGUGGUCAUGGCUGGGAUUCUGAUAUGGAAAUAUGAGGGGUCAACUCCCGCAGGUGAGGACGGAGGCGAAGCCAGAGAGGAGCCGGUGGGUACUGUGUAUGAUGACGAGUCUUGGAGGCCCUGUCUCAAGGAAAUCCAUCCUGCUUGGCUGCUCAUCUAUCGGGCGAUAGCCUUUCUGGUGCUUCUCGCAUUGCUCAUCACCACCGUUGCUGCGAAGGGUGGAGAGAUGUUCUACUACUACACACAGUAAGACAACCUUGUUAAUUCAUAAAAUUAUUGUAUGGCUAGGGACAUGCAUCAUCGCUAGAUAUAUAUAUAUAUAUUUUUAAUUUAAUCGAGACAUAUUGCUGUAUUUCCUCUUCGGAUUCAUGUGCGUCUAUGAUCAUUUGCAGCAUAAUGCAUUCGGGAAGAUAUUAAUCCCCUCAUCAUAUACCUUCUCCAUAUUGUUCUUACCGUAAAUCAAGUCUAUAUAUAUAUAUUAUUCUCAUCUGCGUAGUUGACAUACUCUCAUAUGGUGUUUUCUGGACUCUGGGCAGGUGGACUUUUGCACUGGUCACUGUUUAUUUCGGGGUACGCCGUCAUUCUUCAGCAUUCCUCCGCCAAUGUCUCUCUCCAUGGAUAUUCCAUCAUUUCCUUUAAUUGCAUACCAUCUUGAAGGUUUAUCUUGAGUAACUUAAAGAAGAGGCCUGUGAAUUUCUUUGCAGAUUGGCUCUCUGUUAUCCAUUUAUGGUUGCUACGGAUUGUUGUGUAAGGUUGAUGACGAUAGAGCUGGUUGCGUGGGACCAGAAGCAGAAAAUGCUCCAAGAAAUGCGGAAGAUACAAGUUGGUAUCACAGGGGGAAGAGAUCCCAGAGCCAGGAUGCGCAUUUGAUUCGCCGCCCAGUUGCUGGCUUUUGGGGAUACACAUUCCAAAUAAUUUACCAGGUAACCUGCCCGAGUUUCUUCUCUGUUUUUUCUGCCCAAAUUCCUCCUUAAUUUGUUCUUCUUUUAGAACCUGAGAUCAUUAGAGAUGAGGUCAACGUGAGUGAACUGAUCAUGCCGACAUCUUUUAAAUUUUAUGAAUGCUUUUGGAGUAUUGAGCCCCGUGGCAAGAGAUUUUGGUAGGUUAUGAAAUCUAUUAAGGGUGCUCCGUCCUGUAUCACUGUAUCAAGAGUUUCAGGCCCCCUCGGGUUCUGAUCUGGCCGAGAUUUUGAAGCUCAAGAGCCUGUGAGGGACAGGAUAAUGGAUUCAACAGCUCAUGCUCUUUCAGAUUGAAGUGGGCGAUCUAAAAGUGUAUGAGAAGUACACUAAUUGCGUUGUUAUCCACAUCCUUGAAGACUAAUCAGACAAAUCAUGACCUUGAAAUUGACAAAAUGUGUAUGAGAUGUAGAUCUGAAUGAAGGUUUUCAGGGUCCUGAUCAGUGGGUUCCGCAGGGAAUGGUCCACAGAGCCAUUCCAACACAUGAACUCGUACAUCAUCUGUCAGGCAAUUGGUGGGGACGCCGAAAUGAGCCAUAAAAUCUAGGCCUUGAGGUUGAAGAUUAUUUGAUUUAACUAAAAGUUACCCAAACAGAAGGUGAUAUUCAUCUCAAUUACUCGAUCAUCUGGUUUGUUGGCCAUAAAGCUCUGCAUUCAGAGGAAUAAAUGAGUGUAAUAUAAAACAGGAAAUAUCCUGUGUCUGGUGAUCUUUGGAAAAAUCAUCAGAGAUGGCAUUGUCAGAGGAUCGAUUUGACAGUAUCCUUUUUUUUUUUUUUAACUUGAUUAAGCUGGAAUGAACUCUGCGAACUGGGAAGAUGAUCAUCUAGCAGUGGAACAACAAAUCUUGUGUUCUUUGCGAUGUAUAAUUAUUUUUUCUUUCAUGCUGUUCAUCUUCCAUCUUCCAUCCAAACCCUCUGAUUUGUUCCUUGCAAUCUUGACAGAUGAAUGCAGGUGCUGUGAUGCUCACGGAUUGCGUCUUUUGGCUAAUCAUUGUCCCAUUUCUGGCCAUUAAAGAUUAUAGUCUAAAUUUCGUAAGUUUAUCUGGAUAAGGAAAUAUUUUAAAAUUUAAAACCCUGAAAGUGGGUUUCUAGUCGUUUCACAUAUACAUUUCAAUCUUUUCCUAAUAUACUUCUGGUUGUAGUUCAUGAUUGGGCUGCACUCUGUCAACGCCAUCUUCCUCCUCGGAGACACUGCCUUGAACUCUUUGGUAUUCUACUCCUGCGCACAUUCCAUGACCUUAAGCUAUACCCAUGUUUUUGUGCCAGAGGUUAGAUGCAUGACGUCUCUCUCCUCUCUGGUUUCUAGAGGUUCCCCUGGUUUCGGAUUUCCUAUUUCUUCAUGUGGACCGUGGCGUACGUUAUUUUUCAAUGGGUUCUACACGCUUCCUUACCAAUCUGGUAAGUUUCUGAUGAUAUUCGAGAGAUCUACCUAGUUAUCAAAGUCUCCGUUCAUAAAUUUUUUUGUCUUGUUGCAGGUGGCCUUACCCAUUUCUAGACUUGGCUUCUCCAUAUGCCCCAGUAUGGUACGAUUCUUCGAGCUUAUGCUUAACCUCCUUGUCUGUUCUUAUUUUUACCAAACUUAGAAAGAAUACCGUAUGAGAAUAGUCAUAUUGGCUGUUGAGGGAGACAGAUUAAGCCAUGGAAUUUAGUUUAUGCAAUAUCCCCAAUGACAAUUGAUUAAUUAUGAUUCAACCUAAUUCGGUUCUUUGAUGCAAUAUCAUGGUUCUUCAAGUUCUUCAGUAUAAUAAUGCUGGAGACUUAUGAUCCAUCUAGCAGGACUAAGAAAAUGACGAAUUUAAUCAGAUAGUUAAGUACAUGAUCAUGUUUCACGUAUGAUAGCACAUCUUCAGAUGAUAUCUUAGUGGUUUUCUAAUGAAUCUAUCCAGAAUUUAGCUAGGACAAGAGAAUUUUUUGUUAAAAGAAUCUCUCAUAGAAAAUGAUGAGCUAUAAAUCUUGGCUGAUCUAAGAACCUUGACAUUAUGUGAGUAUUAUGCUUUUUUAGCAUUGAAUAUUUAUCUUGCCACUCAAAAUUUCUAGUCUUAGUAGAUAAUUAUGCCAUUUUGUUCAGAACAAUUGAGCGAUUACUCAUCAUUAUAUGAUUCUUUGCCAUUUUUGUAUGUUUUAGAGCCCUCUGAGCUCAUGUCUACGCCAUCUUUUGGUUUGCAGGUAUUUCUUGGUGGCUAUGAUGCACAUUCCGUGCUAUGCCAUCUUCUCCUUCAUAAUCAAGUCAAAGGACCUCGUGAUUUCAAGAUUAUUUCCUCAAUCUUACCUACACUUCAACUAG